GCAGCUGCGGCCUGCCACGGGCUGGCAGUUGAGAGCGAGGGCCGCAGUGAGCAGCACGCCAAAGCGGAGCAGGCAGGAGAGACCCAGGAAAACGCAACACGUAACAGCGCCGCGACCAGGUGGUGGGGAGAGGGCACCACCAAGAGGCAGGGCUGGCAGCCAAAGGAUAGGCUCAUUCAGUGCUGUAUACACAGGGAGGCUCCAGAAAUAAAAGAAAAACUAAAACGCCUGCCGCGCUUCAGAACAUCCCCAGUAUUCCGUGGAACAUGCAGUGGCCGCUGCAGGGCGGCGUUCUGCAUUCAUAAAAUGAUCAUUCGCCUACGCUAUGGGAGACGUCUGCAGACCUAUCUGAAGAUAGGUGCCUGUGUCCUGGUGGGCGUCUGCUACUUUGCCUUCCUCUUCCGCGAGUCCCUCAAUGCCUACGAGCACCGGGAGCGGGCCACCGCCGCCGAACUGGAGGCGGACGCGGCGGAGCCCUCCAAGCAGCAGCUCAAGCUCAAGCGCCAGCAGAUGCAGCGCCAACGACUGCUGGCGCAGCUGCAGGCGGCCCAGGCAGGCACCACUGGAACGAAUGCCACCGGGAGCUCGGCUACCGCCGUUGCAGCUCCACUGCCACCGGCCAGCACCCUGAAUCCCGUCUACGAGUACUCCGAGGAGCUGCACAGCAGCACCGAGCGGGAGCUCCAGAGGAGGCGCGAACACCUGGCCGCCGUCUGCGAGCGCUACAAGCUGCAGGAAAAGUACCCACCGAAUCCCUGGGAGUUCUUUGUAUCGCCGGGCCAUAACAAUCUCGUCUGGUGCAAUGUCUUCAAGGCAGCCAGCAGUACGUGGAUGUAUUACUUCAACGUAUUAGCUGGCUACGAUGUGAAGUAUCUGCAGAGGACAGAGACUCAGCCACUGGAGCUGGCGCGGAAGCGUUUCCCCCGACCGGAGCUGGCCGAGCUCAUGGAACUAUUGCCCAGUGCACUGUCCUUCCUGUUUGUGCGCGAUCCCUUCGAAAGGAUACUGAGCGCGUACCGCAACAAGCUGGAGGGCAAUCGGAACACCUUUUACAAGGCCUUGGGCACGAAGAUUGUCCACCGUUUCCGAAAUCACAGCCAGGGCGGGCCCUGGCCCCGCUGCGGACCCACCUUCGAGGAGUUUGUGCGCUUCCUCAUCGCCGAGCACGGGGCGGGCAAGCGUUUCGACGAGCACUGGGCGCCCAUCUACAGCUUCUGUACACCGUGCAGCGUCAACUUCACCAUCAUUGGGAAGACGGAGACGUUCCAGCGCGACUCGGAGUUCAUCAUACGGCAGGCGGGCCUGGAGACGCUGCUCCUGGGUCUGGGAAAGUUGCCGCAGCGAAAGCAGCGCAGGAUCGGCAACCAGGCGCGCAGCGGCAUCAAGUCGGAGGCCGUGGUCGAGCGCUACUUUGCCGAUAUCGAUCGCUCAACGUUGGACCAAUUGCUCAAGAUAUAUCGCAUCGAUUUCGAGCUUUUUGACUACGACUACCGCAAGUACUACGACAUGGUGCAUCCCUGGAGCCUGGAGCAGAGCACAGCCGGCACGGCUGCAGCUGCAGCGGCAGCGGCUCCCGCCACGACCACGGCUGCGCCGGCGGUGGCGGCUGCAGGGGCUUCUGGCUCCACUCAGGGCUCAGCGGCGGCGUAGACUACAGAAGCUCAGUAGGAUCCCUUGGAUCCCGUAAUCCCCCUCCCACAUUGCGAUGCGUCGUCAAACAAUCUUAUCAUGUACCUUUUUACACAAGAAAACACGAAACAAACCACAAACCAAAACAGAACCCAACCGAUGCUAACAAAUCUACCAAAGUUUAAGGCCAAAAUCAACGUUUUCCAAAAACGCAAAAAAAAAACAAAACCAAAGAAACACCAAACAAAACACUCUUGACCUCUCUUAGAUAAUGCCAAAAAAAACCAAAAAGGAAUGUAUUGUAGAAAGGAGAAUGAAACUUAGUUAGAAACGAAAAUGCAUUUUGAUGGAUUUUGCCACCAAAAUUCGUACACGAAUCCCUUAAAAAACUAACAAUUUUACAACUCCCACACGAGAAAGGAUGGACCGUGGCGUGGCGUGGCAUGUGUUGUGUUGUAGCUAGUGUUUAAGUACCUACAAUUUACAGUUGCACUUUCAACCAAAGAAACAAAAAAUGAUAUAUAUAUAUACUAUAUAGAUAAACGAUAUAUACAGACCUCUAUACCAAUAUCGCGAACGCUAUUCUUCAAGGCAAGGCUGGGAGAGUUAUAUACAACCACAAAGUGAGAGAUCGUCUUAAACCAAAGGAAAAAAUUCUGUAUUUACAUAUAUUUACAACCGAAUCCCC